AUGACCGGAAACAACUCCUGCCACCACAACAGGUACAACACAGAGUGUGUUCCCGGCGAACAAAGAACAUGUGUUUGGACUGCAUGGAUUAACGAUGAUUCUGGUCAAAUACAAUCUGAGAGUGCUCCAGCUGAGGAAGUUGAACUUCUUGAAGAUGCCCGGCACUUCCCUGGUUUCCCCAGAGUUUGCGACGUAUUCGCUAUCCAGUGCAGGACUGUAGACACACAUGUUAUGUGGAAUGAAACUGAUGACGCUGUUACCGUUGAUGUUAAUACAGGUCUUCGCUGUAUUAAUAUACUAGGAAGACCAAUAUGUCGGGACUAUGAAUGUAGAUGGAUGUGCUGCAGUUGGCACACUGUCACUUGCACACCACCUGGAACAACCACAGAAGGAACAACAACUACUCCAGAAACAACAACAGUAACAACUACUCCAGAAACAACAACAGUAACAACAACUACUCCAGAAACAACGACGAGGACCACAACAACUGUAACCUCUCCAGAACCAACUCCAUCCACCACAACAGAGUGUGUUCCCGGCGAACAAAGAACAUGUGUUUGGACUGCAUGGAUUAACGAUGAUUCUGGUCAAAUACAAUCUGAGAGUGCUCCAGCUGAGGAAGUUGAACUUCUUGAAGAUGCCCGGCACUUCCCUGGUUUCCCCAGAGUUUGCGACGUAUUCGCUAUCCAGUGCAGGACUGUAGACACACAUGUUAUGUGGAAUGAAACUGAUGACGCUGUUACCGUUGAUGUUAAUACAGGUCUUCGCUGUAUUAAUAUACUAGGAAGACCAAUAUGUCGGGACUAUGAAUGUAGAUGGAUGUGCUGCAGUUGGCACACUGUCACUUGCACACCACCUGGAACAACCACAGAAGGAACAACAACUACUCCAGAAACAACAACAGUAACAACUACUCCAGAAACAACAACAGUAACAACAACUACUCCAGAAACAACGACGAGGACCACAACAACUGUAACCUCUCCAGAACCAACUCCAUCCACCACAACAGAGUGUGUUCCCGGCGAACAAAGAACAUGUGUUUGGACUGCAUGGAUUAACGAUGAUUCUGGUCAAAUACAAUCUGAGAGUGCUCCAGCUGAGGAAGUUGAACUUCUUGAAGAUGCCCGGCACUUCCCUGGUUUCCCCAGAGUUUGCGACGUAUUCGCUAUCCAGUGCAGGACUGUAGACACACAUGUUAUGUGGAAUGAAACUGAUGACGCUGUUACCGUUGAUGUUAAUACAGGUCUUCGCUGUAUUAAUAUACUAGGAAGACCAGUAUGUCGGGACUAUGAAUGUAGAUGGAUGUGCUGCAGUUGGCACACUGUCACUUGCACACCACCUGGAACAACCACAGAAGGAACAACAACUACUCCAGAAACAACAACAGUAACAACUACUCCAGAAACAACAACAGUAACAACAACUACUCCAGAAACAACGACGAGGACCACAACAACUGUAACCUCUCCAGAACCACCUCCAUCCACCACAACAGAGUGUGUUCCCGGCGAACAAAGAACAUGUGUUUGGACUGCAUGGAUUAACGAUGAUUCUGGUCAAAUACAAUCUGAGAGUGCUCCAGCUGAGGAAGUUGAACUUCUUGAAGAUGCCCGGCACUUCCCUGGUUUCCCCAGAGUUUGCGACGUAUUCGCUAUCCAGUGCAGGACUGUAGACACACAUGUUAUGUGGAAUGAAACUGAUGACGCUGUUACCGUUGAUGUUAAUACAGGUCUUCGCUGUAUUAAUAUACUAGGAAGACCAAUAUGUCGGGACUAUGAAUGUAGAUGGAUGUGCUGCAGUUGGCACACUGUCACUUGCACACCACCUGGAACAACCACAGAAGGAACAACAACUACUCCAGAAACAACAACAGUAACAACUACUCCAGAAACAACAACAGUAACAACAACUACUCCAGAAACAACGACGAGGACCACAACAACUGUAACCUCUCCAGAACCAACUCCAUCCACCACAACAGGUACAACACAGGGAACAAUUGGCAUAAUAUCUGGAAACAUUCCAGAAUAUGGAUAA